GACUAACCCACUAAAAAAAAUCACAAAAUUGAACUAUAAACUACGAGGAGAGGGAGAUCUUGGGACGCCAUUAAAAAUUCCCUCUUAAAAAAAAAGAAGGAAAACUUUUUACUUCACCGCGCGAGGAAAAUCUCAAGGUGAAACAUGGCAAAAACAAGAAUCGGGCUCGCUGGUCUUGCCGUCAUGGGCCAAAAUCUCGCCCUAAACAUCGCCGAGAAAGGAUUUCCCAUAUCUGUCUACAACCGAACCACCUCAAAAGUUGAUGAGACAGUAGAACGAGCCAAGCUCGAAGGGAACCUUCCUCUCUACGGUUUCCAUGAUCCUGAAUCUUUUGUCAACUCAAUCCAAAAGCCACGUGUCAUCAUCAUGCUCGUAAAAGCCGGUGCACCUGUGGACCAAACAAUCGCAACACUCUCAGCCUACAUGGAAAAGGGCGACUGUAUAAUUGAUGGGGGCAAUGAGUGGUAUGAGAACACUGAAAGAAGAGAGAAGGCCAUGGCUGAGCUUGGCCUUCUUUAUCUUGGAAUGGGAGUCUCUGGAGGAGAGGAGGGAGCUCGUCAUGGACCUUCAAUGAUGCCAGGGGGAUCAUUCGAAGCUUACAAGUACAUUGAAGACAUUCUUCUCAAAGUUGCUGCUCAAGUUCCGGACUCUGGUCCUUGUGUCACUUAUAUAGGCAAAGGAGGCUCAGGCAAUUUUGUGAAAAUGGUUCAUAACGGAAUUGAGUAUGGAGACAUGCAGCUGAUUGCUGAAGCUUAUGAUGUACUGAAAUCCGUCGGAAAGCUUUCUAAUGACGAGUUGCAACAGGUUUUCUCUGAGUGGAAUAAAGGGGAACUCCUUAGCUUCUUGAUUGAGAUCACAGCUGACAUUUUUGGGAUCAAAGAUGAUAAGGGAGACGGUUAUUUGGUGGACAAAGUCCUGGACAAGACGGGGAUGAAAGGCACUGGCAAAUGGACUGUUCAACAAGCAGCAGACUUGUCCAUUGCUGCUCCAACAAUUGCAGCAUCUUUGGAUUCGAGAUUCCUUAGCGGGCUUAAAGAAGAAAGAGUUCAAGCUGCAAAUGUUUUCAAAUCGGGUGGUGUCAGUGACAUCUUGAGUAGUGAGCCAGUGGACAAGGCAAAGUUGAUAGAUGAUGUAAGGCAAGCUCUUUACGCUGCAAAAAUCUGCAGCUAUGCGCAAGGCAUGAAUUUGAUUAGAGCCAAAAGCUUAGAGAAAGGAUGGGAUCUCAAAUUAGGUGAGCUCGCAAGAAUAUGGAAGGGUGGGUGCAUUAUAAGAGCGAUUUUCUUGGAUCGAAUCAAGAAAGCAUAUGAUAGGAAUGCUGAGCUUCCGAAUCUUCUUGUGGACCCAGAGUUUGCAAAGGAAAUAAUGGAUCGGCAAGCAGCUUGGCGUAGAGUUAUCUGUCUUGCUAUUAAUGCGGGUAUUUGUACUCCUGGGAUGUCUGCAAGUUUGGCUUAUUUUGAUACUUACAGAAGGGAGAGAGUGCCCGCGAAUUUGGUUCAGGCUCAGAGGGACUACUUUGGUGCUCAUACUUAUGAGAGGGUUGAUAUGCCUGGUUCAUAUCAUACUGAGUGGUUCAAGAUUGCUAAGCAGUCUUAAGAUUUAAGGUGACUUAUAGUGCAUUAUAUUCAUGUUGGGACAUAAUAUAGGGGAAUGCUUGUACUGGUAUCCUUUGAUGGAAUAAAUGUUGUCCCUGGUUAGGUUAUGAGAUCAGAUAAACCUUUUCUGCUGUGUGUACUUGGAACUCAUGUUGUUUAUUUUAAUUUGGUUUAGAUUUUAUUGAUUAUGCACUUCAAAAUUGUCUGAAAUUGAGGAAGUUGGAAAACUUCGUCUAGUUUACGGAAAUAUAUGUAUGGAGUCCCAUUGUUUGGAAUAAAAUAUGCCUGCUUGAAUAUCA